AUGAGUCAGUUCCUGGAUCGGCGGGAUUGUAUCGAAAGUCUGCGGAAAGACCUGGUUGAUCUUCAAGGAGCCAUCCUGGACGUGUUCUCUAGAACCGGACCGGUCCGCGUUCCCUCCUGGAAGUUCCCCGACAAACUGUCAUGUAACCUGGACAUGGUGGCUCUUCUAGAGCGGUGUGACUUUGUGCAUGGAGAGGGUGAAUUCAAUCAGCACUCCCAUACGGUCCUUCUGGAGCUCGUGAUAGACAGACUUCUGCUCCUCCUUCAAAGCUUCAGUUCUUAUGUUGAGCGUGUAAGGUGCAGCCAGCCAAGCGAACAGCCUCAACACAAAGGAUGCUUGUCAGUCGGUCUUGUGGUCAGAAACUACUGGAGUCAUUUAGUUCAUUUUGUCAACCUUAUGGUGACCCCAAACGACCUGAGUGAGAAACAGACCAGACCAAAGACGUGUGACUGCGAUGAGACUGAGGCAGCGUCCUUUGCGUUUGACAGCAGCAGACAGUGUUUGUCUGCUUGGUCUUCAACAAGCUCCUUCAAGUUUUUGCCACACAACCACGUGUCCUCUGGUCCUUUCCACAAUAAUCCAUGCUGCCCCAAGACCGACAACCACAACGUCAGCUGCCAGACCGUGGAAUCGUCUCUCUGCCCCUGUGAUGCCUGUUAUCAUGUGCAAUCUAUUUUAAAAAAGACAGGAAACGCUUUUGUGGAACUGUUGCAGAGUGAGGGUCUGCCCUCCUCUCUGCAGCCGCUCUUAUCUGCUGUUGAGGACACAUUGGAGCUGGGACAUAUGACAGCAGGGGACGUCACCCAGUGGGCCAACGAGCAGUCUAGGGACAUGCGCCGACUGGAGAAACAUCUGCAACAUGUGCGCCGUACGGUCGACCCUCUCAAAGACAGACUGGCUGCAGCAGAGACAGAGCGGGCGAGACUCCGGUCUCAGUUGGAAAAGGCACGGCAGCAGACACAGAAAGACCAGGCAACCAUCGUUCAGCUGGAGUUUUCACUUCAGAAAGCACAGCGAGCGAUGAAAGCAACAGAGCAAAAACUACACAAGGAGCAGCAGCUCAAGAGAGAAUCUCUGUCUGUGGAGGAGAGUAACACUCGGCUAAAAGAAGAAUUAGUAGUGCAGCAGGGUGCACUACGGUCUCUUGAAUGUGAAAACAUUGCACUGCAGGAAAAAGUGAAGUCCAAAGAAGACGCUUGUUGCAAGCUUCAACAAACGAUCCAGCAAAUCGAGAGUCGCGUCUCUGAAACCCACGUCCUUCUUGAUAAAGAAAACGCCAAGUACCUCAGUGCCUGUCGACAACAAGAGUCAAUGCAGACAAAGCAGAAAUCAUUGCUGGAGCGAGUGGAUGCUCUGGAUGAAGAGUGUGAGGAGCUGCAGAGGCAGUUGGGAGAGAGCGAGGAGAAACAAACGAACCUACAGAACGAGCUUCAGCAGAUGUCGAAGGAGAAGGAACAAUUGCAAGCUCAGCUCUCUCAACAGCAGAAUUGUGGUGUAGAGCUUCAAAAAGAAAAGCAGAUGCUGGAAACAAACAUGGGUGAGCUUCAGAAGAGCGUGGCUGAGCUGAAGGAAUAUGUGCAAGCGAUGAAGGAGAGGGAGAGGCUGCUGGUGGCUUUCCCUGAGCUCAGUCCUCUAUCUCGGGCCCAACCACAGAGUACCGGAAAUGUGCUUUUGGAUAUGGAGAAACAAAUGCAAGCAAAUGGCAUCCGCGUUAAAGUCCUGGAGAAGGAAAAUGUUACUCUACGCAGCAGCCUUGAGAAACUGAGGGAAAGAGAACGACAUAAUGCUACAAUGGAAGCUUCACCCCAGCAGACAUGGAGCCACUCUCAGCUCCCCACACCUGCAGAAAAGCAAAUGCACAACAGUCGCACACACAGCAGCAGUGACACAUGUCUUGAACACAGUAAAAGAAAGACAGAACCUGGAGGAGGUGAACAUGGUCUGGAGUCCGCUGGGUCAGAGGGUCGUGUGUCCAGCGCUGCUGCUGCCUCCCCCUCAUUCCUGCAAAUUCACCUUCACACCAUCCACCUCAACACUCCACACUCCACUGCUACUCAAAGCCACAAAAAAGGACACGGGGCAUCCGUCGUCUCUCCCUGCAAAGGCUUGAAUCAGAGGAGAAAAUGAAAUGCUGCUGACCUGGGUGGAAGCCACGUGAACUGCCUCACAAACUAACACUGAAUGUGGUGACAUGUGUGGCACUGCUGCUCGUCCUCCACUAGAUGGUGCUGUUGUAACCAGAAGUGAGUGUUUUAUUCAGGAUGCUUCAUGUCUCAUUAAAAAGUUCAAACACAUUUCUGA